UCCGCGGGGCUUGCAGAGCUGGGAGCGGGCGCCCAGAGCCGCUGGCCACGGGGGGACCCUGCAGAGGCGGGACUUGCCCCGAUGCCCAGUGAAGGCGCCCGGCGGCAGCAGCAGUAGCAGCAGCAGCGGCGGACGGGGCAGAAGCGGGGCAGGAGGAUGCCGGCGGCUGCGGGCGACGGGCUGCUGAGCGAGCCGCCGGCGGCGGGCUUCGGCGAUGGCGGGGAGCCGCGGAAGCCGCCCCUGGGCUCGGAGGGAAGUUUCCUGGCCGCCUGGGUCAGCGCAGCGGGCGCGCGGGAGCGGCUCCGCGAUUUCCAGCACACCAAGCGCGUCGGCAACUACCUGAUCGGCAGGAAGCUGGGAGAGGGGUCCUUCGCCAAAGUGCGGGAGGGGCUGCACGUGGUGACCGGCGAGAAGGUGGCAGUGAAAGUUAUUGACAAGAAGAGAGCCAAGAAGGAUACCUACGUCACCAAGAAUCUGAGACGUGAGGGGCAGAUCCAGCAAAUGAUCCGACAUCCCAACAUAGCUCAGCUGCUGGAUAUAUUGGAAACUGAAAACAGCUACUACCUUGUCAUGGAGCUGUGUCCUGGGGGCAAUCUAAUGCACAGGAUCUAUGAGAAAAAAAGACUGGAAGAGCAUGAAGCACGCAAAUAUAUCAGGCAGCUUAUUCUAGCAGUGGAGCAUCUUCAUCGGGCCGGGGUGGUUCACAGAGACUUGAAGAUAGAAAAUCUGUUGCUAGAUGAAGACAACAAUAUCAAGCUUAUUGACUUUGGCUUGAGCAACUGUGCGGGUAUCUUGGGUUACUCUGAUCCAUUCAGCACACAGUGUGGCAGCCCUGCCUAUGCAGCUCCAGAACUUCUUGCAAGGAAAAAAUAUGGUCCCAAAAUAGACGUUUGGUCCAUUGGAGUGAAUAUGUAUGCUAUGUUGACUGGGACUUUACCUUUCACUGUGGAGCCAUUCAGUCUGAGAGCUUUGUACCAGAAAAUGGUAGACAAAGAAAUGAAUCCUUUCCCUGCCCAACUCUCCACAGCGGCCAUAAACCUUCUACAAUCUCUGCUAGAGCCAGAUCCUGCAAAGAGACCAAACAUCCAGCAAGCUUUAGCAAAUCGUUGGCUUAAUGAGAAUUACCCUGGGAAAGCACCGCAUAAUGUCACGUAUCCAAACAGAAUUCACCUAGAAGACCUCAGCCAAAGUGUGCUGCUCCAUAUGACUGAAAAGCUGGGCUACAAGAACAGCGAUGUGAUCAACACUGUCCUCUCUAAUCGGGCAAGCAACACUCUCGCCAUCUACUUUCUACUUAAUAAGAAACUAGAGCGCUAUUUGACAGGCCUGAGAAAGUCAGAUGUCCAUGAUAAUGUUUGCUACAGGAACCAGCUAUACCAGAUAGAAAAAUACAAGGUGAACCAAGAUGCCUAUGAGGACAAAAAGCAAAAAGAACAAGAAAAGAAAGGGGAGCUUCUCCACCGCCCAAUCCCAAAGAAAAUAGAGAAAAAUUCACCUUCUUACAGACAGCCCUCCUCCUGCCUUAUCGCACAGAUACAGAACCCCAAGGCACUGCUGAAAGAGAGAAAAAUCACCAAGACUGGUGUUCCUGAGAAAGAUUCUACUGGUGGUUUAAGCCCUUAUCACGAGCCCAUGGCAACCAAGACCGGUUGUGUCACUUCCUGUUCUCUGGAAUAUCUUGAAAUCCAGCCACCUCUUCCAAGGACACCUAGACUCCUUAAGAGGCAAGAUUCUCCUCAGCAAGAGUCUGCAAGCAUCAGAAGUCAGACAAAGGAUGCUCCUUUGAUCCUAAAUAUUGUGCAUUCCUUUGAAUCUGUUGAUAGAGAGGACCAAAUAGACCAGAUUUCCCCCUCUCACCAGUAUAGAAUUUUAAGUUCACCAGUGAAUUUUGGUUAUAAAAGCUCAAGUGAAAGGACACUGUCUCCACUUCUUCAGCCUGGAAGCGCAUCUCCUGCCAAAACUCCAGUUCAUGGGACUCAAGUCUCUUUCACAUUUGAAGAAAAGACAAGUCCUUUGAGAGAAGAAGUCAUGUCUCCUACUCAGCCAGCUUCAAAUAAUCUCUCCAAUCCUUUGGGGAGCCCUAACUGUGUUAAAAGCAGAGGCAGAUUCCCCAUGAUGGGGAUUGGACAGAUGUUACGGAAAAGGAAUCAGACCAUGCAGUCAACCACUGACAAGUCGCUGGAAGCAAGAAUGCCUCAGUUGCAGCAAAUGAAUCCAGCACAAAUUUCAUUUAAUGCACCAGAUGCUGUGAACGGCCAGUGUUAAUCUGACACUUUUGAAAGCCGGGAUUUGCAGUGCUGCUUUCUAGGGCUUCAAAUGUUAUAGAAGAAGAGAAAACUGCAGGCAUGUUGGUCUCCCUAUAUAAUAUAUUAUAGCAGCCAGCCUGGCAAAUUAAAGGUCUGCUUGUAAUGUUUUGAUGGGUUCUCGUUACUGAAAUUGAAAGAAGAGGGGCCCACUUAUGCUGUUAAGAAAAUUUAGCAAAGGUGACAUUCAUUUGGUUUGACUCUACAGUGAAAUGUGUCUUAAAAGAUCAACUGAAAAUCUGCAUAAGGAGAUGCUAUAUUCUAGUAUUACAUUAAGGUUUUUAGCUUCAAAAGAAGAGCAAGCAUAACAGCUUGAUUCACCAGUGUUACCUGCAUUAAUAAACUUGCCCUUGGCUUUCUGCUGUCAUGACUGCUGGUCCCAGCUAGGAACUGUGAUUGAGACUACAGUUGGUCUCGUAUCGUACUGACACAAGUAUUGUUCAUGUGGCUGAAGAAGAAGGAAAACACUAGAGAUUGUAUUGCUGAGACCAAGAGCUACACUUCUAAUUCAAGAACAGGCUCCAUCAAGAAGGAAAAGCAGAUCAGUGUGAACUUGGAUAACACCAUGAGUUCUAGACAUUCAGAGCAAGUGAAGGCUUUGAUUGUCAAAGCAGAUUUUACUGUUAAUCUUACAAACUAGAUAAUAGUUGAAUCUUUUUUUUUUUUUUCUUAAAGAAAAUGUUCAUUUUAUAGGAGAUGUUACGGAAAAGAAACAUUGUUUUAAACUAGUUUGGUGAAAUUGACAUUUUCCUGCUCGACUCAUAAGACAGGUCUGCAAGUGGAUGAUUAAAACAAUAGUCAAAACUGCAACUUGGUCAUUUAAACAAUCCAGUCACCUCUGACUUUUGUAUUUGUACUAAUUCUAUGGAAGACGUAAUGGGAGAAUUGCAUUAACCUCUGUUUUAGCAAAAUAGCAUACAUGACCGUACAUGAAGGCUUCUCUGAGAGACUGCAGUAAAUGUAAAAGCAUUAAAAGGACACACCAGUGCCAUUUCAGACUGCAAGGAUGGUAAUGCAGUGGGUACCAAAAAUUUAGUAGUAUUCUGAGCUGUGAAGAUUAACUUUCCUAACAGGCAACAUACUCUGCACACUGGCAUUCUUUUUCUAAGUAAACAAUACAUCUGAAUAAAGGGGGUAACAUUUUUGGUUAAUUUUUUUGCAAACCAUUUGCUAUAAAACUUAGACAGUUUAA